AUGACGCACCUGUGGGAACAGCAAGCUAUUCCCCCUGAGAAAGCCUCUUUGACGUCGGGGGCGGGGACCACCGAGCUGAGCACUGACGACUUGGCGUCUGAAGCACCUUCUGAGGAACCAGCAUCUGGUCUUGACGAUUCAAUGCCCUCCGAGCUGCACUCUGGUGCUGCUGCCGCUGUCAACGAGCCUGCUGCUCCUGAUAAGGAGUUGGGUGUCCAAGCAGAUCAGGUGGAACUCAGCGGCAAUGCCGCUUCGCGGUCUGGAUCGCUCUCAACGGACCUCAACGAGGCUGAAGAGAAGUUGGCAGUUGAAGACCAGGGCUCCAGCGGAGAAGAUGAGUUGUCCAGCCUUGGUGCAUCGCACACGCACGACUAUCAGGCUCUUGGAGAUCACAUCCAAGGCGGCGGCAGCAGCAGCGCCUCGGAUGUUGUCAGAAGAUUAGUGGCAGACAUGGUCAUGGAUGUCGAGCAGCAGGUCGAGGCCGUUCUUCAAGCAAACCACUCCAUCAGCUCUCCUGUUCACUCUCCGCCACCGAUCCCCAACACCCCCGCGCCCGUUCGACCGACCGGGGUGUUCGGUCUGUUCUCUUUCGGUCUCACGCACCCUAUGUCCUUCUUCAUGGCGGGUGGAGCCCAAGUGGCCCUCGAGAGGGCGCGCUUUAUCAUCGUGCCCGGUGCCGCUGGUGCAGAGCUGCCCCGGGAGCUGCAGGCAUUGGCCAACGGCGAAGGCAUCGCGCCCUGGGGCCGCGUCGUGCACGAACAAUGGAUCAAGCACUGUUUCCGCGACCAGUCCGUCCUCAGCCCAGACGACUACCUCGCACGCCCCUCGGCCGCGCCAGCCAGCGACGUGGAGAUUGAGUCCAUCAGCUCUGAUGACGACGACGAAGCCUCGGACGUCCCGCCGCGCGACGUGCUGGUCCGCGUGAACAAGAUCAUCAAGGCCGUGCGCGACUGGAGAGCCGGCAAGGGCAACACCAAGACGACGUACAAGACAGUGUACAACUUUGUCGACAAUUUGUCCAGUUCCCAGGGCAUAAAGGGUGCCGCAAACCUCUAUCGCACGUAUAGGGCUUACAUCGCCCGCGUCGCGCCCGACGUGGCUAAGGCGCCCAAGUAG